AUGAUUUUAAAUACAUCAAAUAGUUCGGGUAAUAUUUUUUAGGGGUCUCUAGAUGGAUUAAAUACCUUGUAGAGGAAUUCUUCAAAAGGAAUGAAUAUUUAAAAAAUAUCUACUUUAAAAAAAUCUGAUUUUAUGUUACCUAAGAUAAAGUAAGAAAUUCAAAAAUCAUACGAUGAUCCAUAUAGAGAAGAUAGAUUUGUCGAAAAAGACUUGUCAUAUUAUAAAAUUUAGAGGUACAAUAAGAAUGGGUAUAAACGCUUUGAAAAUAAUAACAUGAUUGGAAAAUCAGCUAGCUAUUAAGUUGUAAAUAACUCAAAUAACCAGACACCAAGAAAAGAAAUAUUGCACACAUAAAAUAGUUAUAUGGAAUCAUCUCCUUUAAAUAUUAGAUAGAAAGCUAAUCUUGAAAUAUCUCCUAAAUUCCAAUAAAGCAAGAUGAACUAAUCAAAUAGCUCUGCCCAAAUACUAAACUCUAUUUCAGAUAUUGCCUAGAACUAUAAUAGCGCAUUGGUUAAAAAGAGCAAGAACUUAAUGAUUAAUUAAAAUUACUAAGCUUUCAAUCCCAUAAAAGUUUUUUAAAAAGACCGAAAAAAGUCAAUAGAAUAAAAAAUAGAAGAGGAUUCAAAAAUAAAUAAAAAUUUAAAUUAAAUCAGAAAUUUGCUUGUUUCUUAAAACACUCCACUAGUGCAAGAAAGUUAUGGCUAAAAAUUUUAGAAAUAUUUUGUGGGUCAUAGGGUACCAACAUAUUUUCAUAAGGCUAACCAAUGA